AUGCGAUAUUGUACCCCCAUCGUUAAUUGGCUCGACCUCGUCAAGCGGCUGGCAUGGGUUAUUGGUGUAUCACUCCUGUUGGUCGCAUGGAUGACUGCCGAAGCCUUAGGUCUCUCUCCAUGGUUGCAAUACACUUUAUUGGCUUUAUUUAUCUUCCUGGCUUACUUUAACUCAGGUUGCUGUUCCUGUAUUAUUCGCUGCAUGGACG